AUGGAGGAAGCUCUGUUGCUCCCAGCAUGCAACGCGAGAAAAGACCGCCAUCUUGGAAUUAGGAAGCCGAAACUGUUGCUAGCCAUGAAAUUAAAGCGCUUUUUACUGAGAUAUUAUCCUCCUGGGAUAAUUCUUGAAUAUGAACAAGCAAAGAUUCUUAAAACAAAAUCCAUAGAUCUCCUGGAUCUGAGACCAGACACCGAUACAGAUGCAGUAGUUGAUGAGAUAGCUAAUAAGGAGCCCCUAAUCACAUCCUCCAAAACAGAACAAGUCAGAAAACUUAUAGUCCGAUUGCAAGAGAAACUAGGUCAAACAGAUGAUCACCAUUUCUACUUAUUUAAGGUGCUUAGAGCCCAUAUUCUGCCAUUAACCAAUGUAGCAUUUAACAAAUCUGGAUCCAGCUUUAUCACAGGUAGCUAUGAUAGGACUUGUAAAAUAUGGGACACAGCUUCAGGAGAAGAACUACAUACUCUAGAGGGUCAUAGGAAUGUUGUAUAUGCCAUAGCCUUUAAUAAUCCUUAUGGUGAUAAAGUUGCAACUGGAUCAUUUGACAAAACAUGUAAACUAUGGAGUUCUGAAACUGGCAAAUGUUACCAUACAUACAGGGGUCAUACAGCGGAAAUAGUGUGUCUGGCAUUCAAUCCUCAAAGUACCAUAGUUGCAACAGGAAGUAUGGACACCACAGCUAAAUUAUGGGAUGUACAGACUGGCGUUGAAAUAUGUACUCUUAGUGGCCAUUCAGCAGAAAUCAUCUCACUUGCAUUCAACACAAAUGGCACCCAGAUAAUCACUGGAUCAUUUGAUCACACAGUUUCAGUAUGGGAUGUCAACACGGGAAAGCGUAUCCACACUUUGAUUGGACAUAGAGCUGAGAUAAGCAGUGCGCAGUUCAAUUGGGAUUGUUCACUAAUCGCAACUGGCUCUAUGGAUAAAACUUGCAAAAUCUGGGACACUUCAACUGGGAGAAAUGUAGGAACUCUAAGAGGACAUGAUGAUGAGGUCUUGGACGUUGCAUUUGACUACACCGGGCAGUAUUUAUUAACAGCAUCAGCAGAUGGCACUGCAAGGUGCUACAAUGCAACUACACACACAAUGGUCUCCAAGCUAGAGGGACACGAGGGAGAAAUAUCAAAGAUCACAUUUAAUCCACAAGGCACCAAGAUUCUCACAGCAAGUUCUGACAAAACUGCACGAAUCUGGGACCCGGAGACUGGAGAAUGUCGGCAAAUUCUAGAGGGUCAUACGGAUGAAAUAUUCAGCUGUGCAUUUAACUAUGAAGGAAACACUAUAAUAACAGGUAGCAAAGAUAAUACUUGCCGAAUAUGGAGAUGAGUCAAACAAGUGUUGAUAAGGACUCGGAUAAAGAUGUGGAUGGACUUGAACGUUUAUAGCAACUGCCUUAACUGAGCUUCAAGUGAAUGGCAGUCAACUGAAUAUUAAAUGGAGAUCUAUCAUUGAACUGUAAUGGAUUUAUAUCUUUUAAAUUACCAAGGUUUUAAUGUAUGCUUCAUGAAUAUCAUAAACGUUCAGAUAUUUACUCAUUAUUGCAAAACUGAGGUGUAUUUGGUUUACUUAAUAUAUUUACUUAAAUCGAGAAUAUAUCCACUGAAUUUUGGAAUUCAAAAUUGCAGCUUUUGAACCAUCAAAGUAAGCAUCUGUCACCUCAGUUUUAUGACACAUUUCUAAAAUUAUGUGUUGCGAUUUGGGUCAGGAUGAUCUAUGCAAAUUUCUGCUGCACACGCAUUCACAUAAAAAAGAUAAAACAGCGUUCUGAACAUUUUUUUCAUUUUAUGCUUUGAUUUUUUACGAGCCUAGCUACUUUCAUCAUGUUUUAGAAAUUUUGGAAGUAUUGCUUUGUUCUACAUACAUAGUAGUUAUCCCAACGAACAAGAUGGCCACUAAAAUUCAAAUUAUAUUUUGUUCAAUGGGAUUUACUACUCCGUGGAGUUGCUG